AUGGAAUUUUGGGAUUGGAUCCUUGUAUUCAUUGCAGUAUUUGUACCACCCGUAGCUGUUUUAUUAAAACGUGGAUUUAAAUCAAAGGAUUUUUGGAUCAAUGUAUUGCUAGCAAUAUUUGGGUUUUUCCCAGGUUUGAUUCAUGCUUUAUACAUCAUUAGUACCCGUCCUUCAAGCUUCACUCAUGUAUCAAGAAGGAAAAAGCCAAAACAAUCUCCUUUAAGAGAUGAACAAGAGCCAUUGUUCCAUAGAACUCAAAGAUUUGGUUCAAUAUAA